UCUUCCAGCAGGCAGCGGCUCUUCAGCUCGAGCCGAGUCCGUGUCACGCGCACUCCGACCCGGUUGAUUUCUUGCACGGUUCCCGCUGAGAGAGAGAGAGAGAGAGAGAGUGUGAGUGAGAGCGCUGGGAAUUCCUACGUCGCCAUUUUCCGCACUCGAAUAUUCAACGAAGAGCGGAGGAAAAUCUUCUCGUAACUCAUUCGCGGUUUUUUUUUGUGUUGGUUUGUUUUCUUCUUCUUCUUCUCUCUCUCCCCCCUGCACGAGAGCCCCACAUCUUCACCGGGACACGAGAAGGCUAACGGCCCUGGACGCUGCUCUUUCCGCCCCCCCCCUCCUCAUUGAGGCUGCUCGAGACGCGGCGUUUUAAAUGACCGCACACACACACACACACACACACACACACACACCGAGUGAUAACGGAAACGGCGCCCGGUUUUUCUAGUUUGGCUCGUGAAGUGAAGUGAAGGACAUUUUGGUCGCCAGCCGCACCGCUUUCACGAGGGAGGCUAAAAGGGGGAUAAAAUGCCACUUUGUUAACAACAUCUGUAACAUCUGCCAGGAAAACAUCCACGCUGCUGAGUGCUAACCCUUCACGCUUAAAGAAUUCCGCUCGAGCCACAUUGACGAGUUUUCCCAGACCUGCCCUCGUUUUAUACUCGCCCGUCCUUCGACAGCAUUACUGCUGCUGCUGCUGCUCCUAAUUGAUUUUGACCUACAAAGAGAAAAGACACGAACAGAGAAAGGAGGUAUGUGCGAUUAGCAGCCUCACAGGAGGGAUCACAAGCUCCAUAGCGCAGGAAGCCGUUCUUCAUCCACACUGAUUCCAGCCCUGCAGGCAUGAAGAUGAGGAAGUUUGCGUACUGUAAAGUAGUACUGGCUACGUCACUGGUUUGGGUGAUGCUGGAUAUGUUCAUCCUCCUCUACUUCAGCGAGUGCAACAAGUGUGACGACAAGAAAGAAAGAGGACUCCCCGGUAGAGAAGAGGUGGUCCCGAGGGCUCAUGAAGGUCCGGGUGAAAUGGGGAAGCCGGUGGUGAUCCCCAAAGAGCAGCAGGAGAAUAUGAAGGAGAUGUUCAAGAUCAAUCAGUUCAACCUGAUGGCCAGCGAGAUGAUCGCACUCAACCGCUCACUGCCCGACGUUCGGCUUGAAGGAUGUAAAACGAAGGUGUAUCCAGAUGACCUGCCGCGCACCAGCGUGGUCAUCGUGUUCCACAACGAGGCGUGGACGACAUUACUGCGCACUGUGCACAGCGUCCUCAACAGAUCCCCCAGACACCUGCUGGAGGAGGUGGUGCUGGUGGAUGACGCCAGCGAGAGAGACUUCCUGAAGAGGCGUUUGGAGCAGUACGUGAGGACGUUGGAGGUGCCAGUGCGGAUUGUGCGGAUGGAGCAGCGCUCAGGUCUGAUUCGUGCUCGUCUGAAGGGGGCGUCGCUCUCCACCGGUCAGGUCAUCACCUUCCUGGACGCUCACUGCGAGUGCACCGUGGGCUGGCUGGAGCCGCUCCUCGCUCGCAUCAAGCAAGACAAACGGACGGUGGUGUGCCCCAUCAUUGACGUGAUCAGCGAUGACACGUUCGAGUACAUGGCAGGCUCGGACAUGACGUAUGGAGGAUUUAACUGGAAACUGAACUUCCGCUGGUACCCAGUUCCUCAGAGGGAGAUGGACCGCAGGAAAGGAGACAGAACACUGCCUGUCAGGACUCCAACCAUGGCAGGUGGACUGUUCUCUAUAGACAGAGAUUACUUUGAGGAGAUUGGAACGUACGACGCAGGCAUGGACAUCUGGGGAGGAGAGAACCUGGAGAUCUCCUUCAGGAUCUGGCAGUGCGGUGGGACACUGGAGAUCGUGACGUGUUCUCACGUGGGACACGUUUUCCGUAAGGCCACGCCAUACACGUUCCCCGGUGGCACGGGCCAGAUCAUCAACAAGAACAACAGACGCCUGGCCGAGGUGUGGAUGGAUGAGUUUAAGAAUUUCUUCUACAUCAUUUCACCUGGAGUGACGAAAGUGGACUAUGGGGACGUCUCAUCCAGGACAGCCUUGAGACAGAAGCUGCAGUGUAAGCCAUUCUCCUGGUACCUCGAGAACAUCUAUCCUGACUCCCAGAUCCCACGCCAUUACUACUCCCUGGGAGAGAUCCGAAACGUGGAGACUAACCAGUGUCUGGACAACAUGGCUCGGAAAGAGAAUGAAAAAGUGGGCAUCUUCAAUUGUCAUGGCAUGGGAGGCAACCAGGUUUUUUCAUACACAGCCAACAAGGAGAUCCGAACAGACGACCUGUGUCUCGACGUGUCCAAACUGAAUGGGCCUGUAAUGAUGCUCAAGUGCCAUCAUCUGAAAGGCAACCAGCUGUGGGAGUACGAUCCUCUGAAGCUGACCCUGGUGCACGUGAACAGUAAUCAGUGUCUGGAUAAAGCAUCGGAGGACGACAGCCAGGUUCCCAGCGUCAGAGACUGCAGCGGCAGCCGCUCGCAACAGUGGCUCCUACGCAACGUCACACUGCCCGAAAUCUUCUGAGCACACAGCGCACGCACAUGAGGACGUACGGAGAGACGGACGGAUGGACGGACACACUCUUCACGCCAGCUCUGGUGGAGUUAGAAGAAAAGGAGAGCGAGCGAGCGAGCGAGGGAGGGAGGGAGAAAGCUGGAUGAUCUCUCUUACACUAUCCUUUCACUUCCCGAUGGUGUGGUCUUGAGGCAGAGCCAAAAUAACAGACAUACACAUGUACAUUAAUCUCUCCCCCCCUCCCCCUCCCCAUCACUCCACUUCACUGACACCCACACAGAGCUGGAGAAAGAGAAGAAGAAGAAGACUGUAUUUUACACAGAGAAACUUAGGAUCCGUGGCCUUGUCUUCCUUUAAGGAGCAGAGGGUGAUUAGGUGAUGUUUACCAGUUGCCUCCUUUUUAGAAUAUCAGAAUAUUGUGUGCAUGUGCACGCGUGAGUGUGUGUGUGUGUUGCUGAAACAGAAAGAGACUGUAUGUGUGGCUACACUGUGGCUUUUUAUUUAAUUCUUUCACAAGUUUAACAAGCAUCGAGCACAUUCAGACCGCAACACAUAUCAGUAUCAGUAGCUGCUUUCAUCAUCUGGUCUCUGAUUGGUCAGCGCCAUGGACUUCCUUUAGCUUCAUCUAUCCCUCAGAUUAGAAUAAAACCCAAAGAGAAGGACGAA